AUGACGGAGCCAGCACGUAUCUUCAUUAGCUUGCGCUCGAAGUUGAAUGGAUCAGCUGACCCCCCGAAAAAGGAAGGGAUAAAAAGAAAGUUGACAGCAUCACCUGCCAACCCAGGUCUUGUCAGUCUCGUCUUUGUACACGGCUAUUUCAAAGUGUUAUGGUUCAACCAUCUCGGCAUUCAAGUUGAGGGUGGCGAGAAGCGAUCAAGUCGUGAUUUGCCGAGCUCGGAGACCCUCCGGGUGCGCGCUCGUUGCGCACGGCGGCUUGGUUGGGUUGUGGUUUCCGUUCUGUGUGGUACGGCCACGGUUCUCGCGGGUGUCUGGCGGUCUCCGCCUUCGUCAGGCGACGGGGAGCAGUCCGAACAUCUCGGUGGAUGGUUUCUUCAAGUCAGUGUCGCUGCCAUGUCAGUCCAGCCUCAAUCAUUCGCCUUUGCUUUGGAAAUUCCUGAAGCUGAGGUGUCCGGACUGGGGUGUCUGGCGUGCGGUGUGGUGGUACGCCGCGAUGGGGGAGCUUCAGCUUUCCAGACUAGCCGAGCUAGACGAGUAGUCCAUGUGCGCUCCCAAGACGUUGGUUUACAAGCAAGGACGCCUGGUAUGCAAAUCAAGAAGGCGCAUAUUUAUCUACUACUGUAUUUAUGGCGAUAUGACGACAAAAUCUCUCAAGCUCCCACUGGAUUCUAUUUUCGAGGCAUACGCUUGUCGUUGACAGAUCAAUCGCAAGUUGUGGUGGUCAGACAUUUGCACUACUUAUUUCGAGCAGACAAAUCAGCAACAUGUAUUAUCAUAUCGUCGUACGGAUUAUUGUAUUAUGCCCAAGCAACUACGGACCAAUCUCCAACAAAAAAUCUUCAAGAGUUUAUUUUGUGCGGUCACCUUCAAGAUAUCGAGAAGCGGACAGGACCCGUCAUCGUCAUCGUCGUCUUCGAGCUCUACUGUGGCGACCAACUACGUGCAGCAUUGAAUGUUGUGUCUCAACAUGACACCAUGAUAGAAUCAACGAGGAUCAUCAUCGCAGCUCGUAGUAGCAACAUAUAG